AUGCCCAACGAUCCUCGAGACGACAAGAAAUUCACUGCCCCUGUCGAAAAUCUCAAGAAUCUCCUCGGGAUUGGAAACGCUCAGCCUGGCUCUGCCCCACAGCUCACUCACACUGCUAGUCAAGACCACUCCGUCUCCCACUAUGGCUUCGCUGUUCCGCCAGGAUCGUCCGCAGAGCCUAGCCAGUCCCAAGUGGAGGAACCGGAUGUGACAGAUCCUUAUUCGGAGCCAACGGUUAAAGAGCUGGUCAAGACCCUCCUCGAUCCCCCCCACCAUGCCUACUCUAAGCCCGGUGUAGUACCGAAUACAGUCAAGAUUGAUAUGCACUGGGUGAUGGGUCGCGUAACGGAGAAGCACUUCGUCAGGAACAAGGAACUUGGGAGGAGUGUUUUGAAGGACAACUCUAAAAUACGUACCCAUGGGCAAGUCACCUCUUUCUGGAUCAAGUGA